UAAAAUGCGCCGUCCGUGCAGAAUACAUCUUUCUAUUUUCUUCAGAGGACUUUGCGAAUCCUCUAGAGAACGACGACGGAGACGACGAUUUCAGAAAUGGAGAGCGAGCCAACUCGAGUGAUGGUGGCGGUGAACGAGUCGACGAUCAAAGGCUACCCGCACGCGUCGAUAAGCAGCAAAAAGGCGUUCGAGUGGACACUGAAGAAGAUCGUUAGGUCCAAUACCUCUGGCUUCAAGCUCCUCUUGCUUCACGCUCAAGUCCAGGACGAAGACGGUUUUGAUGACGUGGACAGCAUAUAUGCUUCCCCUGAUGACUUCCGAAACAUGAGGGAGCGUAACAAGGCUAAUGGACUUCACCUUCUUGAGUUUUUCGUUAAUAAAUGUCAUGAGAUUGGGGUUAGGUGUGAGGCCUGGAUCAGGAAAGGUGAUCCCACGGAAGUGAUAUGCCAUGAAGUUAGGCGUGUCAGGCCAGAUUUUCUGGUUGUGGGAAGUCGUGGUCUCGGUCCAUUUCAGAAGGUAUUUGUUGGAACGGUGAGUGAGUUUUGUGUGAAGCAUGCAGAAUGCCCAGUCAUCAUUAUCAAACGCAGUGCUGAAGAGAGUCCACAAGAUCCAGCUGAUGACUAAAUUCCAAAUGCAAGACAAGCCAUGCGGUGUUCUUUUGUCUGUGAGAGAUAACAAACAAACCGUAUGUUGCAGUACAUGAGAAGAGAAAAAGGAUAAACAUAACUCUUUUGAAUGGUCUAGUAUGUGGUGCGUCUCUAGCUGUUGUAGAAACUCGAUUCACAUGAUAUAUGACUGUGUGGUCAAUGCCUUCGUCUUUCA